GUCACUUUUCUUAAACUUUACACCAAUCACAUAUCAUUACACUUGUCAUAUGAUUGAUUUCAAUUUAACCGAGUCAGCUCUGAACUAUAAAUUCGCGGCUACAAAACAUAAAGUAUAUUUAUGAGUGUUAAUGUACUUUACCCUCCUAAAAAUUCAAAUAUCUUCUUGUCGUAGUCGACUUAGUAUAAUACUUUUUUGUCUGAAUCCAUGUUUAUCUUAUUUCCUUUGCUGUUGACUUUAAGGACCAAAACUUGUGCAUCUGAGCCUUCAAGCUACAGUUUCUUCUCCCUUUGCUGCCCUCUUUUGACCAUAUCCAUUCGCAGUAUGAAAACGUUAGAUUCAAAUACACAAACAAUUUCAGAUGAUCAGAACUUCGACAGAGCAAGCGAGUUAAAAGCCUUCGACGAAACAAAAGCGGGUGUGAAGGGACUAGUCGACGCUGGAACCACAACGGUCCCUCGAAUUUUCUUCUCACCGCCGGAUGAAUUCGACAACGCUGCUGAUGUUAGUACACUUGGAGUCAGCAUUCCAGUACUUGACCUUGAUGGCAUCGACAAGGAUCCGGGCCGACGAAGAGAUAUAGUCCACAGAGUCCGGCAGGCGUCCGAGACGUGGGGUUUCUUCCAGGUGGUGAACCAUGGCGUUCCGGUGAGCGUGUUGGACGAAAUGUUGGAGGGCGUGCGGCGGUUCUAUGAGCAGGACACGGAGGUUAAGAAGAAGUGGUACACGCGGGACGGAUCCGAGACGGUUGUUUAUAACAGUAACUUCGAUCUAUAUAGGGCUGCAUCGGCGAACUGGAGGGAUACGACUUAUUGCAACAUGGCUCCUAGGCUUCCCUGCCCGGAGGAGUUGCCAGAGGCAUGCCGAGACAUAAUGCUGGAGUACUCCAAGCACAUAACUAGAUUAGGUCGUUUUCUGUUUGAGUUGCUAUCGGAGGCUCUUGGUCUCAAUCCAGACCAUCUCAACAACCUUGGAUGCUCCGAGGGGCUUGCCGUCUUGUACCACUACUAUCCAGCGUGCCCGGAGCCAGAAAAGACGUUAGGCGCGAGCAAGCACGCCGACUACGACUUCCUCACCGUGCUACUCCAGGACAAUAUAGGAGGACUUCAAGUUCUUUUCCAGAACCUGUGGGUUGACAUCCCACCUCUGUCUGGAGCUCUAGUGGUUAACGUUGGAGACCUUUUGCAGCUAAUAUCAAACGACAAGUUCAAGAGCAGCCAACACAGAGUGCUAGCAAACCGUGGUGGCCCCAGGGUAUCUGUCGCAUGUUUCUUCACUACCGGUUUGAUGCCGUCGACGAAGCUCUAUGGGCCUAUACAGGAGUUGCUGUCGGAAGAAGACAAUCCUCCCAAGUACAGAGAAACUACAGUCAGAGAGUACUCACUACACUACAAUGCAAAAGGGCUUGGUGGGACUUCAGCUUUGUCGGAUUUCAUGCUCUAAAUGUGCAAAAUUUGGGCCUGCUGGCUGCUUGCAGGAAUGGUCUCUUACAUCUACUUAAUAUGUAAGAAAUUCAUAAAUGAUACUUUAUGACAAGAAUAACUAGAAUAAUAUGCAAUUGUUCAAGCUGU